AUGGUCAGAACCAUAAAAGGAAUCCAAGAUAAAAAUGACACAGAAGUGACAGAAUUUAUCCUUUUGGGCCUCUCAGACAAUCCAGACCUACAAGGUAUCCUCUUUGCCUUGUUCCUGAUCAUCUACAUGAUGACCCUGGUGGGUAAUUUGGGCAUGAUGGCCCUGAUUAAGAUUGACCGCUGUCUCCACACACCUAUGUACUUCUUUCUCAGCAGCCUUUCUUUUGUUGAUGCCUCUUAUUCUUCUUCUGUCACCCCCAAGAUGCUAGUAAACCUCAUGGCUGAGGAUAAAGGAAUUUCUUUCAAUGGGUGUGCUACUCAGUUUUUCUUCUUUGGCUCCUUCUUGGGAACUGAAUGCUUCCUGUUAGCCAUGAUGGCCUAUGACCGCUAUGCAGCCAUCUGGAAUCCCCUGCUAUACCCAGUUCUCAUGUCUAGGAGAAUUUGUUUCAUGCUGGUGUCUACUUCAUUCCUAGCAGGCUUUGGCAAUGCAGCCAUCCACACAGGAAUGACUUUCAGACUGUCCUUCUGUCGCUCUAAUAAAAUCAAUCAUUUCUAUUGUGACACCCCACCCCUGCUCAAACUCUCUUGCUCUGACACUCGCAUUAAUGGCAUUGUGAUCAUGGCCUUCUCCAGUUUCAAUGUCAUCAGCUGUGUUCUCAUUGUUCUCAUUUCCUAUCUGUGCAUCCUCAUUGCCAUACUAAAGAUGCCUUCUGCAGAGGGAAGACACAAAGCCUUCUCCACCUGUGCCUCCCACCUCAUGGCUGUCACCAUCUUCUUUGGAACAAUUCUUUUCAUGUACUUGCGUCCAACCUCUAGCUACUCCAUGGAGCAGGACAAAGUUGUCUCUGUUUUUUAUACAGUAGUGAUUCCCAUGCUUAAUCCUCUCAUCUAUAGUUUAAAAAAUAAAGAUGUUAAGAAAGCAGUGAAGAAAAUCUUACAGAAUUGUGUGCUGUGA